UUGUUUCGCCGAUAAGAUAAAUCAAAUGAGAGUGUUUUGUAACUGUUUAUUUUCUAAUUGUGCAGUCUAAGUAAUCACGCUACACCUCCAAUUGAACUGUUUAUUCAUCGAUGGAAUUCAUUCUUCCGCAGCAUCAUCUAUCGUCCUUGAAUGGCAUCUAAUUCGAUGAUCGGCAAACUCGUCCUAACGCUCACGCUGACAGUGUUUUUAUAUUACUUUUUCUGGGUUGGCGUUCUGCCGUUCAUGGUGAUUGAUUCCAGCGAAGAGAGCUGGAUUCAUUCUUUGUUCCCGGACCGGAAGUUUGCAUUUUUAGUUCCAGCCGUUUUUGGUGUGCUUUUCAUCGGCGGAUUGUCUGGCUUUACGCUUUAUCACCUGAAAGGUCAUCUGGGAAUCAAUACGCAUUAACGCUACUAAACGGCGCAAUCGCUGAUUCGAUGCACGAUGGAAGCUUGGUUGGUGAUUGGCAUAUCUGGUGUGACAAACGGGGGCAAAUCCACCCUGGCUAAAUCACUCCAAACCUACUUCAGUUCUCAUCUGAACAAAGCCGUCUUCAAGAAGAACAUAACAAUGAACAAAGUUGCGCUUAUCUGUCAGGACGAUUAUUUCCUACCGGUGAACAGUCCCAAGCACAAGGUCAUAGAGAAGCUGAACCACAUCAACUGGGAAAUUCUGUCGUCAAUCGAUAUGGAUAGGAUGUGUCACGACAUAAUGAGGAUUCUCGGACACAAAUUCCUGCUGUAUGACUGCCAAAAGCUAAGCAAGAGUGAAGAUGACAACAACAUAGCCGAGCAGAUUUAUUUGACCAGAGACGAUGACAACAUAUUCGCCGACCAUUUCCUCAGUAACUAUUUGAACAGAUACGAUGAGAAUGUUCCCAGCGGAAGCCAAAGACCGAGUAAUCUCAACAAAAAGUCCAAAAACGAUUCAUUCCAAAACAAGAAUAUCAAACUGAAUGUGCUGAUCAUCGAGGGAUUUCUGAUAUUCAACCAUAAUUUUACGAUGGAUUUGUGCAACAUUAAAUUCCACAUACACCUGCCUUACGAGAAAUGCUACGCGAGACGAAUGCAACGGGUUUACGAUCCACCCGAUGUGGUGGGCUAUUUUGAGAUGUGCGUUUGGCCUAUGUACGAGAAACACUAUAAGGAGUUUACCGAGCGGACGGAUAUUUACAUGUUGAACGGAGAGAUUCCGAAGUUGAAUAUUUUUAAUUACGUUUUGAACAGCAUAAUAAAUCUAAUGUAAGCUCUUUUCCAUAUACCUGUAAAACAGGAUCGACGUAACACGUGAAUGGUUCCUUUCUGUACAUUUGACACUUUACUGGCGGUUAACGAUAUUCGUAUGAGUAGUAUUUAAACAUCUUAACAAUUUUUACACAUAUUUUUAAUGAAUAAACGAUUGAAACCA